AUUUAUGGCUCUGGCUGGGUUGGUUUCGUAUAAAGUCGAAAAUCUAAAAAACUUGGCAGCCCAAGAAAUUUUUAUUCUUAUUAUUGUAAAAUGACAUGUGUUUUUGGAUUGACACGCUACACAACACAACACAAAAACGUUAGAAAAAUCAAGAACAAACCACAUACAAACACUUCAUAUAUGAACUCCUUCUAGAGAGAGAACGAGGAGAACGAGGAGAGAGAACAUCAAUUUCCUGCAAAAGCUUCACAUUUUCUUGCCUAUAUAGAGAGAGAAAGAGAGGAGAGAGAGAAUCGUCUUGGUUUGCUUCAGCUGUCUGAUUUCUUCUCUGUCUUCGUCGACAAUCGUCUCUCACAGCGAAAUCUUUCUUCGAAUUCGUCGAUUUUGAAUCUGUAUUGUGGGGAAAAAAAAGAAUUUAUUUAUUUUGGUCUUUUUUUUGGGAUUAUAGGGUUUUGGGAGGUGAAUUGAUCAAAUGAAUGUGGUGGGAAGAGUUGGGAGCUUUAUAUCACAAGGCGUAUACUCUGUUGCUACCCCAUUCCAUCCCUUUGGUGGGGCAGUUGACAUAAUUGUUGUUCAGCAGCAGGAUGGGACAUUCCGAAGUGCGCCUUGGUACGUGCGGUUCGGUAAAUUUCAGGGUGUUCUUAAAGGGGCAGAAAAGAUAGUUCGGAUAUCUGUUAAUGGCGUCGAGGCCAAUUUCAAUAUGCAUCUUGACAAUUCGGGUGAGGCGUAUUUCGUCAGGGAGGUGGUUUCUGGUGAAGGGAGUAAUGCAAGUGCGGUUCUGAAUGAUUCUGAUAGUUUGGUAGUUACACGACAAGAUAGUAGUAUUAGUGAUAAUAACAAUGUAAUUAGUCAAAGGAAUAAUGGGAAUCUUCGUGAGCAAGAGGGUGGUGUUUCUAAUGGUGAGGUUCAAUUGCAAGAUGAACAUGUUGCAUUGGGUGUCGACCUGAGUGAGAUGACCGAAUCUGAUAGUGAAAGGAGAUUCUAUGAAUUUCCAGAUGAUCAAUCCUCUCUUGAUGAUUCGGGUGAGUUAUCGGAAUAUGGGUCUAAUCGGUAUGAUAAUUUGGACAGUGUGGAACAUUUUGUGGAAUCACAGAAUUUGAAUGCAGAAGUGGUUUUGGUGAGCAUAGAUGGUCACAUACUGACAGCACCCAUCUCCUCAUCGGAAACGAACACUGAUAUUCUGCAAUUAAGCACACCCCAGUUUCAUCUGGGCCCAGGCCAAGAGGCUGAUUUUGUUGAGGGCAAUGUUGACUUCAGCCCAGGUGAAGAGACAUGGGCUGCUGAUUACUUAGGUGAUUUGGGCACUUCUGCACCUGAAGUUGCUUCUGAAAACAGCUGCAGUGUAAGCAAUGCUGGUAAUGCUGUUGGGCAGCAGAUGGAAGUUUGUGAAGGAGACGGGGAGCAUCUUUGUCAUGUUCAAGAAGUUGAGAAUGUCGCACACCAGGAACAAGACCUUUGUGUCAAUGGUAAUCUGGAAGCUGCUUCAACUGGUAUUAGGGGGGGAGACAUAUUCAAGAGCUGUUUGGAGCUAACAACAUUGGCCACACGAGAUGGAAAUGUCAAUCAACAAGAUGUGGACUCGCCAUUGGAGAUUCAUGAUAAUACAGACAAUUCACGAGAAAAAUCUUCUUGCACUGCCAAUGAAACUGGAGAUGGAGAUGUUGGUGAAUCAAGAAAUAGGGAGUUAGAAAAAUCUCCUCGCAAUCUUCUAUCUGCUAAUGAAACGGGAGAUGGAGAUGUUGGUGAAUCAAGAAAUAGGGAGCUAGAAAAAUCUCCUUGCAAUCUUCGAUCUGCCAAUGAAACUGGAGAUGGAGAUGUUGGUGAAUCAAGAAAUAGCGAGUUUGAAAAAUCUCCUUGCAAUCUUCGAUCUGCCAAUGAAACUGGAGAUGGAGAAGUUGGUGAAUCAAGAAAUAGUGGUGAGUUAACUCCCUCUAGUUCUGGUGCUUCUGACAGUGUGAUGGGUCCAGAUUUAAAGGUUGAAGUGGAACUCAUUGAGGAUAAAGCAAGUUCAGAUCAUAUGGAUUUUGACAACAGUCCUGUUGAUUCUGUUAGUCACAAUGAAGAGCUAGAGGAACAGGUUGAUAAUACACUAGCAGUUGAAGGGAUACAAUGUAGCCCACAAGGAUCUGCUCCCGAAGAUGAAUGCAGUAAAAGUGAGAUUGUGGAACCUCAGACAGUAACUUCUGGUGAUGAGAUCAAAACUGAUUCAAGGCUUGAGAUCUCUCUUUGUGGGAACUUACUUCAUGCUGGUAUGGGUUUGAAUGCGGCUGCUGAAGUGUUUGAUGCACAUCGUAUAUCUGAGGAGGCAUUCAAACUUUCUGCAGCAUCAAUUACCAAGAAUGAAAACUUAGUUGUCAGAUUUCAUGAUAGGUACUUGCCAUGGGAUAAAGCUGCUCAUGUUGUUCUUGGAGUGGCUGCAUAUGGCUCAGAUUUACCUGUUGAGGCCAAAGAUGCGAUUCUUGUGGAGCACGAUGAGACACCAAAAGCUGGAGAUGAUGGUUCUGUAAUCACUUCCACUCCUUCUGGGCGCAGAUGGAGGCUGUGGCCCAAUCCAUUUCGAAGGGUCAAAACACUCGAACACACUACCAGUAAUGCUUCUAGUGAGGAGGUAUUUGUUGAUUCUGAAUCUGGCUCACAGAACUUCCCUCCAGUACAAACACCAACAUCCAGUAGUGGCGGUGAAUCUCCUCACAAGCAACUUUUAAGGACAAAUGUCCCCACCACUGAGCAAAUAGCAUCACUGAACCUGAAGGAAGGACAAAAUAUGGUGACUUUCAGUUUCUCUACUAGGGUCUUAGGAAUGCAACAGGUUGAUGCUCAUAUUUACUUGUGGAAGUGGAAUGCACGAAUUGUAAUUUCAGACGUUGAUGGGACAAUAACCAAGUCUGAUGUUCUUGGUCAAUUCAUGCCUUUGGUUGGAAAGGAUUGGACACAAUCUGGGGUAGCUCGGCUUUUCUCUGCAAUUAAGGAGAAUGGGUAUCAGCUGCUUUUUUUGAGUGCGCGCGCAAUUGUUCAAGCAUAUCUAACUAGAAGUUUUCUACUCAAUCUCAAACAGGAUGGAAAAGCUUUACCCAAUGGACCUGUUGUUAUUUCACCUGAUGGUCUAUUUCCCUCAUUGUACCGAGAAGUGAUAAGGAGAGCACCUCACGAGUUCAAGAUCGCGUGUUUAGAGGAUAUUAAAGCACUCUUCCCUACUGAUUACAAUCCAUUCUAUGCGGGUUUUGGGAAUCGAGACACUGAUGAACUCAGUUACAGGAAAAUUGGGAUCCCAAAGGGCAAAAUCUUUAUCAUUAAUCCAAAGGGCGAGGUAGCCAUCAGUCAUCGCAUUGAUGUGAAGUCAUACACCUCUUUACACACACUGGUCAAUGACAUGUUCCCACCAACUUCAAUGGUUGAGCAGGAAGAUUUCAACUCAUGGAAUUACUGGAAAAUGCCGAUUGCAGACCUUGAAUGAAAGUUCAUAGUAAUUGUUUUGUGGCUUUUUGCAGACAAGAUGUACACUGCCAUGGUGUCUUACAGAGAUGCAUUCACAACCAAGAUAACUCCAAUUAAUUCCCAAAAUUCAUCCUAGAAAUGAGGCUAAGAUGCUCCUUCUUAUUUAUUAGCACUGAUGUAAAAUUGUAUACAAUUGAUCUUUUGUACUCAUAAAGGACCAUACAGCUUCCUUUAGUGAAUAAAAGGUUUUAGGGCAAGUCGAAGAUUUCUCUUUAUUUUUGGGUCACAGGAUAAGAUGUUAGUAGAUUACUAUAGCAGGUCGAUAUCACUCUAUUGACUCGAAUCUAAGUGGGCACUCACUUGAGGUGGGCCUGAGUAUCCCUCCUGACCACUUGGGCUAAAGCUCGGGUCGCUCUCCUCUUUUCCUCCCUAUUAGGCUAUGUUUAGAAUUUGGAUUUGUCAAGGCAGUAUGAAAGGAAGGGGAAAAGAAAAUGAAAGAAGUUAAAUUUGUUUUCUUGUUUUUGUUUUGAAAA